GGAAUCGGUUAAUGAAAAAGGCCAAGUGUGAGGAAGUUCUACAAACUACAAGGCUACCACUUCCAAACCAAACUGAAACAGGUGAUAGCAAUGAUCCCCUAUCGCCAUCGCCUAGCGAGUCUCACACACCGCUUACGUUCGUACUAUUACUCCUCCACACCCCCACUCUACACCACAGACACCCCCGACUCCACAACAAUCCAACUCCUCUCUUGGGGAAAAGGCGCCUCAGGCCAACUCGGCGGCGGCGUCGAGGAAAUUCGUCUCUACCCAUCUCCAGUCACCAACCUGAUUCUCCCCAAAUCCUCUUUCACUCUAUCCAAAACCCCUGGGUUUCUCCAUGGGCCUGAGGGGACUAAUAAAGUGGUGGAGUUGGGCAUCUCGUGUGGGCUUUUUCAUUCUUGUUUGGUUGUUGAUGGGGCUCUUUGGGUUUGGGGUAAAGGCGAUGGUGGAAGAUUAGGGUUAGGUCACGAAAAUUCUUUGUUUGUUCCUACUUUGAACCCUCACCUUGAUAACGUUCGUUCUGUUGCUCUUGGUGGGUUGCAUUCCGUUGCGCUUACUUCUGCUGGUGAAGUUUUCACAUGGGGUUAUGGUGGUUUUGGUGCACUUGGACAUUCAGUUUAUCAAAGGGAGCUAUUCCCUAGAUUGGUAAAAGGCUCAUGGGAAGGGACUAUAAAACACAUUGCUACUAGUGGAGCGCAUACUGCGGCAGUAACAGAAUCAGGGGAGCUUUAUACUUGGGGUCGAGAAGAAGGAGAUGGUAGAUUGGGCCUUGGUCCUGGUCGGGGCCCAGAUCAUGCAGGUGGACUUAGUAUCCCUUCAAAAGUAAAAGAAUUACCUUUCCCUGUUGCUGCUGUUUCUUGUGGUGGAUUUUUCACAAUGGCAUUGACAGAGGAUGGACAACUGUGGAGCUGGGGAGCAAAUUCUAACUAUGAACUUGGGAGAGGCGAUAAAAUUGGUGGUUGGAAACCAAGUCCAGUACCUAGCCUCGAGAAGGUUCGAAUAAUUCAAAUGGCUAACGGAGGAUAUCACUCCCUUGCAUUAACGGAUGAUGGCAAAGUGCUUUCAUGGGGACAUGGUGGACAAGGUCAGUUAGGUCAUGGAUCUGUUGAGAGCAAGAAGCUACCAACAUUAGUUGAGGCUAUAGCUCAUGAGCGUGUUAUAUUUAUUUCUUGUGGGGGUUCUUCAUCAGCAGCUGUGACAGAUAAAGGGAAGUUAUAUGUGUGGGGAAAUGCCAGUGAUUCUCAAUUGGGAGUUCCUGGGCUACCAGCAAUACAACCAUGCCCUGUUGAAGUCAAUUUUUUAAUGGAAGACGAUGGAUUGGGACCACACAAGGUUUUGUCAAUUGCGAAUGGCGCAUCACAUGCCAUGUGUUUGGCUUUGAGGGAAAGUUGUUGAUUAUAUAAGCUGACAUGGAGAUUUCUUCUUUGACAAUAAUGACCUGUUGGCAUGGAUACAGUUGAUCUUGAACAAGUUUCCUAGGUGAAAUGCAGAAGAAGCUUUUUUUUCUUGUGGAAUAGAAUGUCUCAAUGAAUAGAUGAUUGUUACAAUUGAUUCAGAUCUCAAACUCAAUUUAGUUUUGACAACUUUAUAGCUAAUGUAACAUGAAGAUCAACUCACAUUUGAAGAAUCUCUAGCUAAAUGUCUGGGAUCUUCCACUUGCACUUUUGGUUGUAUGCAAUAUUGUAAGAACAUAUAAGGUAACACAAAUUUUUCCGAAGAUAGAAAAUGUUUUCCCAACGUA